AUGUCGACUCAAGCAACCACCCCGUUACCCCCAGUCGGGAAGCUCGUGAGCGUCGUGCCGGUUGGUCUCAAAGAAGCCGCCCUCGACUCCCCAACCUUCCGCGCUACCACCCACCACUUCUGCGAUCAGGUCGAGUUCGUCGAGAAAUGGCUUGACGGAUACGCCAAAGCUGCGACCAAACUGGCCUCCGAGUUGAACACUCUGGAAAGCGUGGUCGGCAGCUUCCUCUCCUAUUCCACGCACCCGCUGGUGAUCUCCGAGGCCGUUGUUGAUCAUGAUUACACUCUGUUGGCGAUGAGGAGAUGUGGGGAAGGCUCAAAGGACCUGUGGAGUGGAUUGGUUGCGACGACAAAGAAGAUGGAAUCGAUGAUCGCCGAGCCUAUCCGAGCCUUCAUUCAAGAAGAUUUGCGACAAUUCAAGGAGAACCGCCGAGCCCUCGAACACGCGCAAAAGUCGUACGACUAUCUGCAAGCCCGAUAUGCUGCCCAGUCCAAGUCCAAGGAAACCUCCGCCCUGCGAGAGGAAGCUUUCCAGCUGCAUGAAGCCCGCAAGAUCUACCUGAAGACGUCACUCGAUUUCUCGGUCCAGGCCCCUCAGACUCGCAAUGCACUGGACCGGCUCUUAGUUCGCAUUUCUUACGACCAAUGGCGCGAAUUUCGCUCCUUCCACAAUAAUAAUAGCGCGACCUUCUCGAAGUGGUCGAAUGAGAUGGACCGUGUCAAGGGUUGGGUCCACGAAAUGGAGGCCAGUGACAGAUCUUCCAAGCGAGAACUUUUUGCAACCAGAAAACAAAUCGAGGAAGCUGCGGAAGUGGCAGCGCGGCCGUCUCGUGAACUUGAGGAUUACUCCAUUUCCACAGUCCCGUAUCUCGGAUCUCGGCCACUGUCAACAUUGAACAUGGGCAAGGACGCCAGACCAGAAAAACAAGGCUGGGUCAAUUUGCGCACCCAAUACGGAAAACCAACUCGCACAGUAUGGGUGAGACGAUGGGCUUUUUUGAAAUAUGGUAUCAUCGGAUGCCUUGUGCAGGGCGCUCGGACUGGCGGUGUCGAAGAGAGUGAACGGAUCGGCGUGUUGCUGUGCAGCGUCCGUCCCGCUUUCCAGGAAGAACGUCGGUUCUGUUUCCAGGUCAAAACCAAGAACAGCACCAUAGUCCUGCAGGCGGAAACACAAAAGGAAUUGAUGGAGUGGAUUGGUGCCAUUGAGGCUGCUAAGCAGAAAGCCUUGGAGAAUCCUUCUAGCACUGAUAUGUCGAUUUCCGGCAAAGUGACCGUCCAAGAUCCCGCAUUUUCAAUCUCUCAGCCUCCUGCGCCGGAAUUCACAGCAGACCCAACCGAUUCGCUGACGCCCCACACGGCCGAUGAGCCAAGUAGCAACGAGCGCAGCUCAACCUUGCCUGUUCCUGAUCACGAUGCGUUCAGAAAGAGCUCCGAUGUGGGAGGCCGCAGACUGACUGGCUUGGACCAUGAGGGAUCGACCAGAGAUCACGCCCGUGAACACACGAAUCGAAUCAUUCAGAAGCUGGAUCUUCAUCGCAAGUCUAAUAACGCGGCGCCCACGUCCCCUUCCAUCCCCGGCCCUGCAAGUGGAAUAGCAAGUCUUAUUUCGGCUAGCCACAAUGUUCUUCCCUAUGCUGGCGCUGCUCCAGUCAAUCUGGCCGAGAAUGGUCAACAUAGGGGUCGCAGCCUGAGCAAUCUUGAGGAACCUGGGGCAAAUCUGGCACCUGCUACCCUUGCAAAUCCGCCUGCUCCAACAAGUAUGAGUAAAGCUGCCGUGGUCGUGAGUAAUGAAAGGGGGAUAGGGCUAGGGCACGUUGACAGCACGGGUGGCAUGCCUAGUGGUAUGAUGGCCAAUCUGUGGGGUAGCUCGAAUUGGGGUUUCAUCAAUAAGCUCCAACGAGAGAAUCCGGAUGGGGACCAUGAAUCGAUAUCAGAUCGACCUUCGUCGGCGAAGAGUGAUUCUUCUAAACGAACUUUUGCUGUGCACCCAGAUAAACCGACUGUUUCCCCAAUCUCUGGGCAGCCGAGCGGGCCACGCCAUAGACAGACAGUGAGCCUGGAUGGAAAUGCAUCCAAGAUCCAGCGAGCUGCCUUGGAGGCUGCCGUGGAGGCCGCUGUGGGUGUUGCUCCACAGCAGUACCCUGCUAACUACCCUCAACAGCUGAAAAUUCAGGAUUCUCAGUUCCGAUUGCUCUUCCCCGAUGUCAAACGAGAAGAGUCCUUGGUCUUGGUAUUUAGGGCAACUUGGAGUCCAAACGACCAACAAGAGUUCCCUGGCAGAGCUUAUGUCACUACCGAAAACAUUUACUUCUACAGCCACCACUUUGGACUGGUGCUAACAACCAGUGUCUCAUUGGGGAGCAUCAAAGAAGUGACAGCGGCCCCAGGAAGAGACUGUGAUUUCCUUUUCCUGCACACAAUUCCUCCCCUGGGAAGUGACACCCCUGGAAGGAUCGCAAUCAAGACUUUCCUGGAGCCUCUUCGGCUGCUUCAGAAACGUCUCAGCUACCUGAUUCAAGGAUCAAUUGCAGUUGAGCCCCUGAGCGUGGAGAAUGUUAUCAGCGAUCUGAUAAAAUUGGACAGUGGGCCCACGAAAAGGUCUUCAAGCGUAGAUAGCUGGGAAGACCUUUCUGGCCCUGGGGAAUCUAAGGGUGACAACAAUCUUAUUGCCCACGGACACGGGAAGGAUCUACGUCUUCCGAUCUACAUCGACAAGGAUCUUGACCUUGAUGGUGGUAAAGGUCGUGGGCAGAACCUUCCGAAAUUCAGACUCCCUACUCAACCUGUCGAAUAUGUCCCCCAGGGCGAUCUGAAAUUAGCAGUCGAGAAGAUUUUGGAUAUCAGCCCUAAGGCUCUCUUCCACAUUCUCUUCGGUGACAAGAGUGCUGUUUGGCAGCUUCUGCUCCAUGAGCGAGAAGCUCGAGAUAUCAAACAAGGGCCUUGGGCGAGCAACGAAUCCCGGCAUCUUAGGCGAGACAUCAACUAUACGAUCGCAACGACGAACGCCUUAGGUGAGUACAUUCAAAUGAACAAGAAGGGAAUUGUGCUGAUCGAGAUUGUUCGACUAGGCCAAUGCAAUGACAACGACAUAUUGGAUUACCAAAUCAUUGAUGUCUUGAAUGAUCAUCUGUGCUAUGUUAUUACUGACAAACGCACACCAUGGCAUCUACCAUUCCGAAGAUCUUUCCGGCUGGUGAGCAAGGUUGUGAUCACAUUCGUUUCGAAAUCCAAGAGCAAGCUUGCUAUCUACACCAAGGUCGAGUGGCUUAAGUCUCCACUCGGACUAAAGAAUAUGAUCAGCAAGAAAGCGAGCGAAGAUCUCGAACAAGAUGCCCUAGAUCUCGUCGACCUUGUGAACGACCAGGUCCGCCGCCUUGGUGCACAUAGUCGCACCAAGAAGGCUAUCACUAUAUUCGGCCAUGUUGGACGUCAGAAUAGCGUUUCCCACUUUGCAGGAGUUGGGGUCAACUUGAAAUUGGAGCCUCGCAAGCGGCGAACCCAGCGGACUAUGCACCAGCUGCUUUUGGAAACAUUCCUAUCCUUCAUGGAAAGCACCAUUUCCUUCUUGUUGUUGGCGUCGUUUGACAUCUUGCGCUGGUCUUGGAAGACCGUGAGCGCCCACAAAGUCAUCUUAGUCUUGUUGAUAUCAAGUGCGCUCAUGAAUGGAUUCUACUCGUCUCGCGAUACCUGGGAUUGGUGGCAUGAGAGACACGCGAGCAAUUUCAUGGCUCGAAUCGGAGUCCAGCCGAACCUGGUCAUGAGCAAGGCGAUUUACAUCCAAGAUAUCGACGAGGCAAUUGCCAACACGACUAUUUGGCCCAGCAACGGAAACGCCAGCACGUGUUUCAGCACGUUUCACGAGAACUCCAUGCGCUAUUCAGAACUCCCCCUCUCCCUCAGCACCUCCGGGCUUAGAGAUGCAGUGGCCAAGAGCGCCGCUAAGCGCUUCCAGCAAACGCGUGAACGUCUUGGCACAUACCGAUACAAUCUUCUUGUUGCUCUGCGCGUGGUGAACAGCAUUGAGAAAGAAGUCGUUCAGAACGAAUGGGAACGCUGGCUCCGCGAAGAGCUACGACGUUGUCGGCAGGUCGAACUUCUCCUGAGUGGCAAUAGCGAACAGGGCGAAGCAGGCGCACAAGCCCAAGCAGAGCGCAUCUUUGCUGAAAAUACCGGCAGCGUGACGGAAUGGUACGAUAGGUAUUGCUCAAGCUGUCGUUUGGAGCAAGAGCAGGCCCUGCAGAAUGGUGCUGAAAAUCUGCUUGUUUGA